UUUCGGCCUUACCUUUAUCAAAUUGUCGUUACAUUAUUGAUAACUGGUCAACAGUAACUUAACGCUAACGUUACAUGACAAAGACAGAAAAUACAACUAAGUAGCUUAAGGUCGGGUGUUGUCCAAGUCUGAAGUUCUCAGCUUCAACAAACACUGAAGUCGUGUUGGACAAAAAUAAGGCUUUAAAGUCUAAAUUCACUGUCGGGUCUGUUUCUUGGCUGGGUUGUAUUGGCUUUCGUUUGGACUUCAUUACUGGGAGCUAGAAACUUUGACCAAGAUGUAGUAGGAGCCACUGGCUUUGCAGCUUCCUCUGAGAUGGAGAUGAGCCGAGGCACCACUCUUGUGUCUGCACACACCCCAUCAGCGUCCUCAGCGUGAGUCCACAACAGCUGCCCGUCUCUGUGAUUGUCAAUAUUUGCAUCCUAACAUGGCCACCGUUCCUCCUGGGAUCCGCCUGCUAGUGUCCUUCAACAGGGACCAAUGGUACAGAGCUCUCACAUUCAUCCUCACCUUCCUGCUCUACACCAGCUUCCACCUCUCAAGGAAACCCAUUAGCAUCGUCAAGAGCGAGCUUCAUAAGAACUGCUCAUCUGUCAAUGAGCUAGCCACUAUUGUCUCCAGCAGCAGCGGCAGCGGACAGCCACCCUCCCCGCCGUCUCUCCACACAGACAUGGACUGUAGCUGGAAGCCUUUUGAUAAAAAGAACUACAAACAGUUGCUGGGAACCAUGGACUACUCCUUCCUCUGUGCCUAUGCAGUGGGAAUGUACCUCAGCGGCAUCAUCGGGGAGCGCCUGCCCAUUCGCCUGUUCCUGACAGUCGGCAUGCUGACCAGCGGCCUCUUCACCUGCCUGUUUGGACUAGGUUAUGUCUACAACAUCCACAACCUGGGUUUCUAUAUAUUUGUCCAGGUGGCCAAUGGCUUGGUCCAAACUACUGGCUGGCCCAGUGUAGUGACCUGCAUCAGCAACUGGUUUGGAAAGGGAAGGCGUGGACUCAUCAUGGGGCUGUGGAACUCUCACACCUCAGUGGGAAACAUCUUGGGCUCUCUGAUCGCCGGCUACUGGGUCUCCUCCAACUGGGGCAUGUCCUUCAUUGUACCGGGGAUCAUCAUUGCAGUCAUGGGCAUCGUCUGCUUCUUCUUCCUCAUUGAGCAUCCAAAUGACCUGAAAAGCAUACAUGCUCAAAGUUCCUCUCCAGGCAAGAGUGUUCCAACCAAGAGUUGGACUGGUGUAAAUGGACAGACAGAGAUGUAUAUGCAGUACAAAGACAACAAAACUCAGGAGUACUACUGUUACGAGGAUAGGGUUCAAAACAGGAAGAGUUAUGACACGGAGCUGCUGUUGCCCAGGGACAGCGUGUGUGUCCCCGCGCAGCCUGUCGUGGUGGUGAAGAGGGAGUCCGAGCCGUCCGCCAUCAGCUUCAUGGGAGCGCUACGCAUACCCGGAGUGAUUGAGUUCUCUUUGUGUCUGCUGUUUGCCAAGCUGGUCAGCUACACCUUCCUCUUCUGGCUGCCGCUCUACAUCACCAAAGCAGCUCACCUCGAUGCUAAGAAGGCUGGAGAUCUCUCCACCCUGUUUGAUGUGGGAGGAAUAGUGGGGGGGAUCUUGGCAGGAGUGAUCUCUGAUAAACUGGGGAAGAGAGCCACCACCUGUGCAGUCAUGUUGCUGCUAGCAGCUCCUACACUGUAUGGCUUCUCCAUGAUCAGUGAGUUCGGUUUGGGGCCAACCAUCGGCAUGCUGUUGGUGUGUGGAUGCCUAGUCAAUGGACCAUACUCCCUCAUCACCACUGCAGUGUCUGCUGAUUUGGGGACCCACAAGAGCCUGAAAGGCAACGCCAGAGCAUUGUCUACUGUCACUGCCAUCAUCGAUGGCACAGGCUCUGUAGGCGCAGCGCUGGGCCCCCUGCUGGCUGGGCUGCUGUCUGCAGGCGGCUGGGAUCGGGUCUUCUACAUGCUGAUGACGGCGGACUUCCUUGCUUUGUUGCUCUUGCUCCGGCUCGUGUCAAAAGAACUGACUUCGACUAAAUCCCGUCCCAUCUCGGCUGUAGAGUUAAAGGAGCACUGAACACUUUGAUUGCACUGCCUCCACAUAGGAACACACGUGCACACGUGCGCACACGCACACACACACGCACACGCACACGCACACGCACACGCACACACACACACACACACACACACACACACACACACACACACACACACACACACACACACACACACACACACACACACACACACACACUCACACAGUGUAUUGAAACCACUUGUCUAAGCCUAAAAUGGACUGUGGCUCCGACAAUACCUGGUUGCUCCCUGACAUGAGACAUUCACCACACACAAACACACACAUGCUCAUGUUGAUAAAACAUAGCACACGUGCGCACCCAGUGCUACACCAGCUACAGCACUGUACUGUAAACAAGACUGUAAUUGUGUUCCUGAGGAAGAGCUGAUGUUCUGGCUGUUGAACCAAAAGGAACUGCUGCAGAUUUCAGUGUGGAGGAUUCAUCUGCACAUACUGUACUUGCACACAGAAUUGUACACAUACUCAGCUUCCUUACGCUUUCUCUCAUCUUCCUCUAUUUUCAAUGGGAGCCAAUUUGAGCUUGAACACACUACCUGCUUAUUCUACUCUAAGGAUUGGCAGAUUUAUGAAACUAGCCUUACUUCUACAUGUAUAUCAAAACGCCAAACGGCCACAGCUAUUUAUUUUAGAUAGCAAUCUUUGAAACAGCAACUUCCAUGCCUGUAGUUAUCCUCCUUUUCUUAUCCUUAUAAGCUCACCAACACUGACCUAACCAUAACAUCUCUAACCAUAACAGUCAAGUUUAUAUCUAAUCCUAACUAUCUGAACUAUUAUACGUAAGGGAGUAUUGUAAUUGUAUACCUAAACCCACAGCUUUUCAGCGUAGGCUUGGUGGCAUCUACCCUGGUUUUAGUCCUUUAGUUGUGCUCAUUGGCAACUUGAAAAAAAAACUACAUCCCAUUAAAGCUUUUCAAGAGGGAUUAAGAAUGGGGUUGUCAGAAUUUGGUUUCUGUGCCAUACCCGAAAAAAAUGACAACAGCAAAAAUUGUGAAAGAUGUUAACUCCUCCUAGCAACCGCCAUUGUAGCUUCCAUGUUGCCAAACGCUGACUUAAGAUGGACAGAUACAACGGUCACUAAUGAUUGGUUAUGGCAGAAUAACCCCCCUCAUUAGAAAAUUGUUUUGAAGAACCCAACAUCGGACUAAAUUGAAUGAACUUAAACUAAAUGCUAAUUCAGUCUGUUCUCCAGGCCUGAUGGGAUCCAUCAUGUUGUAAAACCAGUAAAUUCCUGUAAUUAUCCGCUGUAACCUGAAGCCUGCACACAUCUCUCACAGACCUUCCCCAACUCGUCAAAUACUGUCAAACUUUGUCACGGCUCUCCGCGUCUGAAACCGAUGCACAACACACGUGCACUAACAUGGACGCUCAGAACAAAAAACAAAGAAGCUUAGAUUACAACACACACACACACACACACACACACACGGAGAGAGAGGGAGAGGGAGAGAGGGAGAGAGAGGGAGAGGGAGAGAGACUUUAUUCUCAGCUCUGGACCGUGUUGCUCCAUAUAUUACUAUAUUAAUGUUCUGAGUAUUGAGUACAGCCCCUUUAAGAUCCAUUAGUUCCUGAUGUUGUUCAGUGGAGUAGCUGUAAAAAAGAUUCAGAUAUUUUGUGUCAGAAUUAUGUGUACCUUUGCCCAAAAAAGGCAAGUGAAUCUCUGUGAUCCCUUUCACACAUGAAGCUAAGCAGGAUAUAGCUAUUCAUAAUUCAAAAUACUAAAAUAUCAGCUUUUCAGACGUUUAUGAGGAAGUGAAUGCAUUCAACAGUUUUGUCACGGCUCCAGGAUGCAUGAAAUGCAUUUUGGUGAUCAACACUGAAUGUUAAAUACAACUUUUGUUUGUUUACACAAAAAACAGCACAAGGCACCUUUUUAAAAGGGAUAGUUCACCCAAAUGAAGAACAAUCUCACUACCUGUAGUUGUAUUUGUCAAGUCAUUAGGAAGUGACAUGACAAUUAAAAUCAACAUCUUGCCAGAAAUAGUGUCCAUGUUAUUUUAAAACCACUGGACUGUUUCUGUGAAUUAUCUACAACACUGUUUCUGUAGGUACAACAAUUUUAAAUGUCAUAUUUUAAUGCUAACUUCACAUUUAUAUUGAAAGGAGUGAUUUGGGUAGAGGCAAAAAUCUCAACCUGGACAAAUAAAACCAAACCUGUCCACAAUGAUGGAUACCACAACAGGGAAGUUUGAAAAUUCGUUUGUAAUUUACGGGAACUGACUCUUUAUCCUGAAUGGAAACACUAGUAGCUUCCUAUGUGUACAAUAUAGAGCUGGUGCUUUCCGAUUCUGACAAGUAGCUCUGUUAAAAAGAAAGAAUGAGUGGACAAAUGCCAGAGGGCUGCUGUAUGACUGAAAGGAGGACAAACCAAGACCACUACAACCCUCCUCUACUGAGUGGAAGCUGCUGUUUCACUGUCACCUUUGCCUUAUUGAACCAAAGACAUUAUGGGGAUUUAAAUAAGAGAUUACUUUUUUAAGUCGUUUAAGUUAUUCCUGUCAGUUUUGUGGUGGUUUGUUUUUUUAUUUGUUAUGAAAUGAAGGCACCAAAGUUGUAUUUUAAUGUAAAAAAUGUUUUUUUUCUGUGUGUGGGUGGGAUCUGAGAUCUUCUGAAUGUAAUGUUCUUGUCAAAUUAGAUAACUGACUUGUCAAACCUCAUAUGGAUAUGGAUAUAUUUUGCAGUGCAAUGUCGAUCUGUUAGAGUUGUGUUUAAGCUAAUUGGUCACAGUGACUACAUUUUGUCUUCAAUGUCUAAUCUUGCAAACAAAAAAAAUCCUAUCGUUGAAAAUCAGAAAACUUAGAUACAAUAAGUUGAUGAUUAUUGAUUUGUUUUCCAGAUUUGUUUAACAUUUAAAAUUUAUAUUCUGCUAAUUUACUGGCUGUGGCACACAGCUCCACAAAAUACAAACACCUUGUUUUGUCAUAUAAAUUUAUAUUUUAAACGUAAACUUUGUGAUGUAGCAUUGAGAUAUCAUUAGGCCUUUCUUAGAACAAGACCACACGUGUAUAUUAUGUGUCAGUGGUAGGCCUAGUACUUGAAACAUUGUGUGCCUUGUUUGUUGUAUGAAUUUUUGCUGGGCAGUUGAUUUUGUAAA